AUGGCUGUUCUUACACCUGUAAGUUCGAAAUUCGGAGCAAAGUAUCGGGCUCUAGCUCCUUUUAAGGUUGUAAGGGGUUUAAUAUGUUUACUGGUGUUGGUUUCAUCAGCAUUUGUAACAUUGGUGUUCUUUGGCUUUAUUACUUCUGUUUUAGUGAGAUUCUUUAGCAUCGGUUACAGCAGGAGAACGACGUCGUUUUUCUUUGGUGCUUGGCUAACUUUGUGGCCUUUUCUAUUUGAGAAAAUCAACAAGACUAAAGUUGUGUUCUCGGGAGAUAUUGUUCCGUCGAGAGAACGGAUCUUACUGAUUGCGAAUCAUAGAACCGAGGUUGAUUGGAUGUAUUUAUGGGACCUUGCCUUGCGGAAGGGAUGCAUUGGGUACAUUAAGUAUGUACUUAAGAGCAGCUUGAUGAAACUUCCGAUUUUCGGUUGGGCGUUUCAUAUAUUGGAGUUCAUUCCUGUGGAAAGGAAGUGGGAAGCUGAUGAGUCGACUAUGCGGAAAAUGCUUUCGACUUUCAAGGAUCCGCAAGAUCCCCUCUGGCUUGCUAUUUUCCCCGAGGGCACUGAUUUUACUGAACAGAAGUGCCUUCGAAGUCAAAAGUAUGCUGCGGAACAAGGGUUACCGGUUCUGAAAAACGUUUUACUGCCAAAAACCAAGGGCUUUUGUACCUGUUUACAAGAGUUGAGGGACUCUCUAAUUGCAGUUUACGAUGUUACCAUUGGCUACAAACACCGCUGCCCGUCUUUCUUGGACAAUGUUUUUGGGGUGGAUCCAUCUGAAGUUCAUAUUCAUAUCUGCCGUAUUCCCAUCGAACGUAUCCCAACAUCCGAAGACGAAAUGUCGACAUGGCUGAUGGACAGAUUCCGGUUUAAGGACAAGUUGCUUUACAAUUUUCAAUUUCAAGGUAAGUUUCCUGAUCAAGCAAAAGAGACGGACCUCCCGGCUGUGAAGACCAUUUUGAGUUGUAUCAUAGUUAUUCUAUGGACUGGCUUAUGCAUGUACUACAUUUUUUCGUCGGUCUGGUUUAAACUUUACGUGUCUGUAGUCUGUGCUUAUUUGGUUCCGGCUACAUAUUUCAGCAUUCGGCCGCAACCUGUACUUGGAUUUUUUAAAAUGUGA